AUGUUUUAGAAAAUAAUUAGAGGACAGCUAUAAGGAUUUUAAGCAUAAAAGUGGUCUAUAAUGACCCUCCAAGAUCUUCAAGGAUGCUUAAAAUUGCUUGAUGGAAAGCAAGUAAGAUGGUCAUAAGAAUUAGAUAAUGUUAGUUUUCUGAUAGUAAUAUAUUUGCUUCUGAUAGUAGAUAAGUCUAUACGUCUAUGGGAUGUCAAAACAGGAUAAUAAAAAUAAAAGUUAGAUGGUGAUAGAUAUUAUGUUUGAUCACUCUGCUUCUCUCCUGAUGGAAAUACAUUAGCAUCUGGUAGUAAUGAUAACUCUCUUCGUCUAUGGGAUUUCAAAACAGGAUAAUAAAAAGCCAAAUUAGAUGGUCAUAUUAGUACUAUCACGUCAGUAUGUUUCUCUCCUGAUGGAAACACAUUAGCUUCUGGUAGUGAUGAUUAGUCUAUCCGUCUAUGGGAUGUCAAAACAGGAUAAUAAUAAUCCAAAUUAGAUGGUCAUGCUAACACUGUCUACUCAGUCUGUUUCUCUCCUGAUGGAAAUACUUUAGCUUCUGGUAGUUGGGAUAAAUCUAUCCGUCUAUGAAAUGUAAAAACAAGAUAAUAAAAAGCCAAAUUAGAUGGUCAUGAUGAACCUGUUACAUCAGUCUGUUGGGUUUGGUAAGGGAGUACUAGAUUAGAUUUAGUAAGGGAGUACUAGAUUAGAUUUAAAAUAAAUAAUAAUCUAGUCCUACUUACGGUUGGGGCUGAGGCAAAUGGUUCCUAAAAGUUGA